GUUAACUAAUGCGUUCCGUCUCUAAUUGGCUUGUAUCGUGACUGUACACAUACUUUCAUUGUGUCUUAUUAGUUUUUCAUUUCUUAAAUAAAACUGGGAGUGCGGAGGUAUUCAAAAAUUCAAGCCGAAAAAUGUCAGCCAAUAAGCCCUUCUACAUGAGUCCGAGUCUGGGGAGGAAGACGAGCGCCGAGAUCGUGAGCGAGGCUCGUCGAUCCCUUAGGACAGUCCACACACAGAGGCCCUUCACGCCAAAGGACGACCAGAGGCGGCUCUUGGGCCAGUAUCCAUGCCGGGCCCUGGAGAGCAGACCCCCUUCAUCUUUCAGUCUUGAGGCUCGCCAUUUUGAAGAGUCUGAUUCGAGGCCCGGAUCGGGCAAACGUCUCUCCCCACUGGAAUACAGACCCCAAAUGCCGCCACUCCCAGGUGAGGAGGACGGUGAUCAUGAUUCCCCAGAAUUAUCUCCUGCUACCCCCACACCUCCCACCAAUCCACAACAGCCCAGAACGGGCAGUGCAGGGCGGCUCCGUUUGCUCAGAGCCAACCCCGCGAGGGGGCGGCCGCUGACAAGACUGCCGGCGCACAGUAAACAUAACUCUGAUCCUUCAUAUGAACCAGGCCAUUCUCUGAGAUCAAAUACCCAGCAGGAUGGAACUCCUGAUUUCUGGGUAUGUGAAAAGGGAGACCCCUCUCUGUCCUCCUGUGAGAAAGCCGUUCCCCUCAGACUUGGGACCGAAAGGGCUUCCCCCAGACCUACAAGGAACCGCUCAGGAUCUGUGCCACGAACAGCUCGGGGUAACGGUAACUAUGCGGCUACGGAGGCAGAGGAAACCACAGCCCAGAACAGCCGACUUUCAGACCUCCUCCAGGAGAUUCACUCGCUGGCGCAAGCCGGAGCGGUGGAUGAGCUGUGCUGCACGUGCGAGCGCCUCCGCGUUGCCCUGGCCGAGGGGGCCGUGCUGGGCAGGAACUCCAGCAUGAGGUCCACCCUCCUCCGGACGCUGUUCAAGCUGGUCGACGUGGGCUCCGACAAGCUCAGCCUGCAGCUGGCCAACCUCGCCCUGGUGCUCGGCAUCAGCGGAAACAACCUGCUGAACAUCUGCAAGCUGAUCUUCAGAGUCAGCCGAGACGACGGCAACGACGCGCUCUUCCGGAGCCACCCCGUGACCGCCUCUCUGCUGGUUCUGCUCCGCCACGGCGACGUGUGCUCUGAUGGCGAGGCGCUGCUGUACUGCGUCGGUGCGCUGAAGUUCCUCUCGGGCGACGCGGGCCUGCGGAGGCAGCUGCAGGCUGCGGGUUCCGUCCCCACCCUCCUCCUGCUUGUCCGUCAGCUGAACGACCUCCAUGGGCAGGGAGGCGGGUUCCAGGUCAUUUGGGGCCACAUCCUGCUGCAGCUGACCGCCACCCUGAGGAACCUGGCAGAGCUCCCCGAGUGCCGGCCCGAGUUCCUAACCCGCCCGGGACUUCCCGAGCUGUGUGAGGUGCUGACGCUGUACGCCGGAGACGCGGACGUGUGCACCAAUGUAACCCGGAUAUUCAGUAAGCUGUCCUCCUACCACGACUGCUGUUUGGCCUUGGCUGACACCCCCAGCUGCUACCCGACGUUCUCGACGCUCUUGAGGAACCACAGCACGCGGCUGGACCUGGUGGUGCGCAUUCUCUUUACCUUGGGAAGCCUGACAGCUAAGAGUGACGCGGCUCGCCGGCAAACGUGUGGUGAGGGCAGCGAUCUCCUGGACGCACUCCUGCCCCUCUUCCGGACGUGCCACGCUACGGGCACCACUGCCUCGGAGGAUGUUUUGGCGAAGCUGACCCGCGUCCUGGCCAACGCGGCCAUGUGCCCCGCGACUGGCGCCGCCCUGGUGGACAACGCGCAGUGUGUCCACUCGCUGCUCGAUGUUCUCGAGCGCAGCCUCUCUGAGGGCCGCGAGGAGGUCGUCAUCAACACCACCGUCGCCAUCAACAACCUGUCCUUCUACGAGAGCGACGGCUCCGUGCUGAGGGCACAGCCGCUUCUCCUCGCUCGCUGUACGUCUUCCCGUUUGGACCUUGAUGUUGAAGCAGCUCUUGAGCACCAACAUGGAUGUCGUGCUGGAAGCCAUGUGUGUCCUAGGGAACAUCUCACGCUCUCAGGAAGUCCAGGCCUUCAUGCUACGUCGGAAAGCUCACCGGUUUGCAGUGGCUCUGCUGGACUCGAAGCGGCAGGACCUGUGUUACGCCAGCUGCGGGGUGCUCACCAAUCUCUCUACGGACCAGAGGCUGAGAGCCGCCCUCAGGGAAGAGGGGGUCGUGCAGAAGUUGCUGGAUUGCCUGCGGGACUGGGGGCCGUUGGACUGGCAGAUGGCCAGUGUAGCGUGCCAGGCGCUGUGGAACUGCAGCGAGGACGGCGGCGCACUCGGCUUCGGGGAGCGUCACUGCCGCUCGCUGCUGCGCCUCCUCUCCCGCUACCUGAACAAAGACCAUAUGCUGCAUUGGACCAUGAGAGAAGGUGCCGGACAGGAAGUUGGCAUCUUUUACCAGAGAUGCUGGGAAAGCGAAUUCCUUCCUGUGGCACAGCGGCUGCAGGAUAGGAUCCAGAGGCAGGUCGGCGCCCGGGAGCCACUCGCCGUGCCAUCCUAGCCUCGCGAUUGGCUGCCGUACCCGUGGCGUGACUCGCUCAGGCUGUGAAGUGUCCAUCUUACACGUGGGCGGAUCCUCUCAGAUGACGAAUCCAAUGUUGCACUUUAGAAUCAGAGCAAUGUGAAUGUAUGUAUCUUUGAAGUCCGAAGAGGAAAUGAGUAAAUGUAGGCGUGGCUGCAUUCCCGUCGUGGUAAUUUCUGUGCAGCUCUGCAGUGCAGUGGGCAGCACGCUGGCCUCGCACCUCCAGCGUUGUGGGUUGUAUUCUGACCCCAGUUCUGCAUACAGUUUGCCCACUUUGAUCUGCUGGUUUCCACCCACAGUCUAAGACGUGUGGCUUAGAUUGAUCAGUGUCUCUAAAUUGCCCUCAUUGGGAGCUUGUGACAGACUGGCAUCCUGGCCAGGAAAUACCCUGGCUCAUGCCGUGCGCUUCCUCGGAGAGGACCCAGGCUCACCACAAUCCUGGAAACAGUUCUGGGAAAAAGGAUGGCGAAUCUGUAAAAGCGAAGAACCACAUGACUGAUGGAUGGAUGGAUGGUAG